CUACUGCCCUGCAGCCAUUGUAAAGGACACUUAUUAAUAUUUCUUCACAAACUUUAGUACUACUCACUAUAUAAACAAGUACGAGCCAGGAAUGUGUAUGCAUAUUUUCCCAGCUCUAUAUUCCAUCUUCUUCUUCUUCUUGUUCAUAUUAUUCUGUAAAUUAUUACUCUAUCCACUCGUUGAAUCUCAUUUCUCCUCAUUUUCCUGUAAGAAAACAUUUGUUACUUGAUCUCUAAGAUAUUUUAUAAAACUCUGUAUGGAUUUUGUCCUCCGUACUGAAAAAACAACCGAAAGAUAUUUUCUUCUUAUAGCAUAAUAUAUUAAUUGAUUGAUCAGAUAUAUGUAGUUAGAGAUGUGCACAGCAAUGAAUGAAUCUCGAGAAGAAAGUGAUGAUAUUAUCAGUAUAACAAGUGAUGAAAUGGCUGCAGCCGCCGCCACCAUUGAGCAGAUGGUAAAACAAAGAGAAGAAUUUGUUCGGCCGUCAUAUUCCUCCUCCCAUACUAGUGCUCUUCAAUUUUUCAGACGAGUUCCGAUGAAUGAGGUGAGUGGAGAACUACUCUUGCUUGGGAAAAUUGCAUGUCCAGUGGCCUUAACAUCAUUGCUGUUGUUUUCAAAGAACAUUAUAUCAAUGCUUUUCUUGGGGCAUAUGGGCAAAACAGAGCUAGCUGGAGCUUCACUAGCAAUUGGAUUUGCAAAUGUAACGGGCUAUUCUGUAAUGAAAGGGCUUUGUAUGGGCAUGGAGCCCAUUUGUUCCCAGGCUUAUGGUGCAAAAAGAUGGUCAGUUCUAACCCAAACAUACAUCAAAAUGUUUUUACUCCUCUUAGCUGUGACAAUUCCAAUCACAUUUCUUUGGUUAAAUGUUGAACCUGUCUUCCUUCGACUAGGCCAAGAUCGAGUCAUUACAAAAGUCGCCAAAGGUUACUUAAUUUUCUCUAUACCUGAGUUACUUGCUAGCGCGCACUUGAAUCCUUUGAGAGCAUUUUUAAGGACACAGUGCAUAAAUACACCAGCUACUUUAGUAGCUACAUGCUCAACCCUUUUGCACCUUCCGAUUACCUAUCUUCUUGUAACGUAUUUGAAUUUGAACGUGAAAGGUAUUGCGUUGGCUUCUUUUUUAUACUCACUGAACAUGAACAUUGGCUUGAUACUUUAUUUGUUUCUGUCCAAAGUUGCAAUUAAACCAUGGGCUGGUGCUACAUUUAUCUCAACUUUCAAUGGUUGGCGUCCCUUGUUGAGUUUGGCUUUGCCUAGCCUAUUUUCCGUGUGCUUGGAAUGGUGGUGGUAUGAGAUUGUUCUCUUCUUGAGUGGCUUAUUGAAUAAUCCUGAUUCUUGCGUAGCUGCUAUGGGAAUAUUGAUACAAACAACAGGGACAAUUUAUGUGUUCCCAUUUUCACUAAGCUUGAGUAUAUCACAACGUGUUGGUCAUGAAUUAGGGGCUGGUAACCCUGACCGUGCUAAAUUAGCAGGACUCAUUGGUAUCUUCGUGGCACUGGCUUUUGGGCUCACCGCGUUUGGUGUAAGCGUUGGGGUGAAAUCAGUAUGGGGGAAAUUGUACACGAACGAGCCAGAAAUACUUGCGUUAAUUUCAGCAGUGCUUCCAAUCCUGGGAUUAGCUGAAAUCGGAAACUCUCCUCAAACAGCAGCAUGUGGUGUGCUAACUGGCUCUGCAAGACCAACAAUGGGUGUAAGAAUAAACUUAGCAGCAUUUUACCUAGUUGGAUUACCAUGUGCUUGUGUAUUUGCUUUUAAACUCAAGAUUGGCUUUAAGGGAUUAUGGUUAGGUCUUGUUGCAGCUCAAUUUGCUUGUAUAUGUAUGAUGGUGUAUACAUUAAUGCAAACAGAUUGGAAACUUCAGGCAAGAAGGGCAGAGGAAUUGACCAAGGCAGCUUCAGACAAGGAUGAUGAUUCUGGAUCCAAUCUAGUACCAUAAAAUAUUACGUACAUGCGAUGCCGUGUUGAAGUGUGUGUGGCUUCAUUCUUUCUCAUGUACUAAAUUCGUGGAAUUAGCUGCUCUGACGUCUUGCUGAAAUGUGUGUCCAUCUCAUCUAAAAACUUAGGUUAUUACAUAGAACAUGCUUUUUAACUAUUUAGUUAUAUUGUGUCUCACAUAUUUGACUUAUCCCAUUGUAAAAUGUCUUUCUUUGUCUCAAGAGAAUCCAAGGAUUUAGGAGGGAGAAUAUAGAGAAACCAACAGUGUGACAUUUCAUUUUUUAUUUUUUUGUUAACAUGAGUUUGUGAGUUAGAGGGUUACGGUUUGUAAUAGGUACCACACAAAAAAACAAGUGUAUAUUUUCUCCUCAAUUUUGAAUUGAAUAUGUUAGA